GCCGGCAUGGCAUGCAGGGCACGAGCCAGGCCGUGGGGAUGUGCGUAUGGUACACUGUACAGUAAAUGUACUGUACAGUAACUAGUACAGUAACUAGCUACGCCCAGCGCAUAUUUUGGGUGCAUUCGUCUGCUCGUAAAGACACGGCACUGCAGCGAACCGAAAGCUCUCUAUGUAUAUGGCACACAUUAGCCAAGCUUACUAAUUUCAGCCCCCGGUGUCUUAGUUCUGAGUGUCUUCAGUGAGAAAAUUCGUCGUGAAAGUGUGGUGUCAGGAAAUAGGCUGUCAACAUGACGACUUCUCUUUUCUUACCUCCAUGCGGUUAUCAUCAAGUUUUCGCUUGCGCUGUCGGGAUUUUAAUGCUACUCAUUAGAACUGGGGACGCCACUGAAUACAUGGACCAAAAUUGCGGUGGAACAAUCGAUGCUGGCCGUUCCGGGGACAAGCUUGACUCCCAGAUUGAUUACUAUUACGGUGACCUCAUAGACUGCACGGUCACUAUCACUGCCGACUUCAAUCGACGGAUCCUACUCACCUUCAGCCAGGUCGACAUCGAUGGUGGAUUGGGCUGUAACUCGGACUACCUGGAGGUCUACGAGGGAUCAUCGACUCUGUUCCGUUCCGCGGACCUCGGGGUGAUUUGUGGCACCUCGGCUGGGAACAUUGUUUCAUUAACAAAUACUAUCACUUUGAGGUUCAAGACCGAUUAUUCCGGAUCAGGGACAGGAUUCGUCCUCUCUUACACGUCCUUCGAGUCGCCUACCUUCUCGACCUGUGGUGCAGACGAAUUCAAAUGCGACAACAAUCGAUGCAUCGAUGUGAGCCUCAGGUUCAAUUCUUAUGACAACUGCGGUGACAACAGUGACGAGACCUUCAGUACUUCUAUCAAUGUUGAAGACACUGUCCAUAAAACUGUGGGUCUUGCAAUAGGCAUCCUCGUUGCCAUCAUCAUUGCUGCCAUCGUGGGCGUGGUGCUGGUCUGUGUCUGCGUGGGGUGCAUCUGCUACCACUGCUGCUGCAAGAAACGCCAACCGCAGCAGCCCUCAUAUCAGGUUGUAUCCCAGACGCCCCAGCAGCAACCCCCUAUGGCCAUGCAACCGACCGGUCAAUCCAGUCAACCGGCUUCGUAUGGGCAACCAGGGGCCUACCCUGCCGGUCAGCAGGCUUAUCCUGCCAACCAACCAGCGUACCCUGCCGGCCAACCGGCAUACCCUGCUGGCCAGCCGGGUUUAUCUCCUACUGCCCCACCGGCCUAUCCUGCUGUCCAACCAGCCUACCCUCCCGGUCAACCAACAGCUUACUCCGGGGAAAAGGUCUAAGCAUGUUCAACACUCAACAAUAUUUUCAUGUCAGAGUUUCUCAUGCUGGUAGAUGUUGUGCUGUUAUUUUUGAAUGGGUUGUUUGUAGUUGGAGUUUUCUAUGACCUACGCAUUGGCUACCUAUCCCAAGGUUGAAUUGAAAGUCAGCAUUCUGAUUAGUUCUUCUCGAGCAGAGUUGAUGAAUUAUUCAUUAAUAAUGCAAAUGAUGACGUGCAGACUUGGCCAGUGAUAUCUGUGAAACCAGCAAAACCUGACUGUGGGUGUUUUUUCUUUAAUGUGGUUAUAUGAUAACAUCGAAUAUACUGAACUGUUGUUCUGUAGUGUAUGUGAAAGUAGUAAUUUUAAUCAUUGUGCUAAUCUUGUACAGCGUAACGAAUUUAUAAUCAGCAUCAUUAGAAGACUGAAGUUCAAUUUUAAAUCAUACUGAAAUAUUCAGGCAGCUUCUUGCAUAAUAGAGGGCUUGCGUAGCGGCCAUCUCUCAGGCCAGUGCCUUUGUUCCACAGGAUAUACACAAAAGAACUGCCCUGCAAGAUGGCUACCACGCAAAGACUCCUUAGCAGCCAUAUAGUGUGUUUAGAAGAAAAGCCACCAACUUUUCGUACAGGUAUUCCAGAAUUCCGACAGGUUCAACAAAGAACACAUGUACAUCAUCAACAAUUACACGUUACCAUAUGUUCAAGAGCCGACACAAGUCAAAGUGUGUCUAACUUGGGUACCAUCUACACCGUAGCUACCGUGCCAGCUAGUUCUUAACACCCACUAGUUAGUGUUCAAGGAGUAUGCUUGAUAAGCCUUAACCGUGCUGAACCCAAAAGUAUCCAACAGUGGGCUCUCUCUGAGAGAUUUUGUUGAUGUGAGUAGCGAACAAUAGGCCUUUUGUUCUAGCUGUUGGAUUCUGUUGGGUAAAGGAGGCUUCACACUUACAAAGCUGUUGGUUAUCAUUGGAUUCAGCAGGGUGGCAGCAUAUUUAGGGAUAGGUUAGAGUAAAUGAAGCCUGUUCAAAAGCAGGUGUGCCUUGCAUUUGCUGGAAUCAUUAAUUUUUAUAGGGGUGUGUAUUAAUGGGUAUUUUUAGAAUCAGGUAUCCGUCUUACAUGUAUGUCAGUACUUGGUAUACGGGUAUCCUUGAAAUAUAAAGAACACUUAACCAUUGACAUUUCAUGCAAUCCGGGCAGACCAUUAUGACUUGCAUGAAACGGCUCUUUUUUUGUGCAUCGGAAGCCGCACACUUUUUUUUAAACAUUAGAGGGGACUCUCUCCCAUCUUUUUAUUAAACAAAAUUGUUGGCUUCAACUUGUAACAAAAAUGUCUAAUCUCUGAGCCGCCGUUCUGACCAUUUCUCGGCCCUUAACAAUGCCAGUUCAGAUGCAUUUUAUAUGGGGAUUUUUUGUUGUUACAGGUAGCUAGCCCCAAAAUUAUGGAACAGGGUUUUGAUGUGGAUGGGAGGUACAGAAAUAUACUCAGAAAUCUGUUAAAGUUUAAGAUGCUACCAGAAUUUCCGCAGGUUUGGCUGUUGUCCCAAAUAUCUAUUUGGAUAUUUUGAUGAAAAGGUCACCCAGUAGCCAUGUGACCUGCAUUGUAGGGUUAAUGGCUUUUCUCUUGCUACAAAGAUGUAUUUGCCAGGAAAAAGCUGCAAAGAACUUUUUCCUCCAAGUGUUUGCCAAAACUUUGCCUCCUCCAGUCGAAGGUUAUAUUUCAUACUCGAUGUCAAAUUGCCUGCACUCGGAUUGCUGUUGUAUUAUUAAGAGAUUUCUCCUAAACAGUGCAACUUGACGACACUUUCUUUCCAAAAUUUUUGGGCAGUUUCAUUGGAUUUAGGUCGCUUUGCCAUUGUUUUGAGAAAUGCAAGACAGGCUUGUCAAUUUGGUGUACGUUUCCACGUGUACCUCCCUCAGUGCCUCGUGUAUGGCAUGCAUGUGACUUCAUGUACAUGAACACGCAUGAGAGAUAAACAUAGAACAUGCACAAGAACACUGAUGACAUCUUUUACUGUUACCAUGGUUACUGGCUUUAUUGGAAAGUACAGGAUGUAAGCAUUGUAUGAUGCCGUAGGUCUCUUCGGAGUAAGGUUGUGGCUUUACAUGUACUUGAAGUGACUAGGAAAACUCGAGCAAUGGUAACGAGAGCUGUGGAAAAACAAGUUUGAAUUAUGGACAAAUAAGGAAGUUGAAAGAUUGUGCUGAGCUGUUUUGUUAGCAGCCGGAAUGUCAUUGAAAAUUUCUUUGUUUGAAAUCUCAGUGUUGCCUCCGUCACAGGCUUCAUCUCCGACACUGAAAUGUCCUGGCCAACAUUGUUUGAACCAAAGUUGUCUGAAAUUACUAAUAUUCCCAUUUUUGGGUCCGUAGCAUACGCUUUGAUGCUACUCUAAAAAACAAAAAGCCAGUUAUUCUUGUUUCUUUCCUAAAACUUGUAUUGAGCCAAAGGCAGAGGUGAAACAGGCAAAGCCUGAGAACGAUGGAGUUCAAAAUUUUUAACCUUUUUUAAAGAGUUAUUUAUUCUUUUUUAGUUGGGCAUCUGAGCUUGCUGACAAACACUUUAAAGUGAUAUUAUCUGUGUUUGUUGAAAUAUACAAUCGUUCAUGUCUGAGCUUAAUCUUUUUAUAAUUAGAAAAUCACAGAUUAGUACUACAGUAAAUAAAGCAGUGCGUUUGUACCAA